CAAUGCUACUUUUGUCGCCCAUCGCUAUUAAAACCUACAAUCAAUAUGAAAUGCAAGUAAACGUUGAAAACAGCAACAAAUCAAGCUAAAUAAUAGUAGUGACUUUACUAAUGCAUUCGCACCGGUAAAAUACAUUUUGAAAUAGUAAAAAUUGUGCGAAAGCGACGUGGAAAGCCGUUUCAAAAGGCCAGGUACAAAAACAUACGCACACAAGCGUAGACCGUGAGACGGGCAGGCACCCACACGCACACACAUAUGUAACCCGUCUUUUCCAUGACAAAGUGAAAUAGAAGAAUCGUUAAGAAAAUAAAGAAAGCAACAAAGUGAAAAUAGAAGCAUUGGCUCGAUAACGUCUAGCAAUUGAAUGCACUUCCCUGGGACGUAUAUUUAUCGAUCAUCGGUUGGAAGUGCGUGCGAAAACAACGGUUCUUGUAUUAAUUGCACGUAUAUGUACAUAACAAUUAUAUUGUCGCCGUGUGAGUUUUUUUCACCGUUUCUUUUACGCGGAGAGAUCGGAUGGGCCAGCGAAUCAAUGUACAUGCACAUAUAUCCGAUAUCUGCGAUAUAGGCGGCGACAAAGGAAGUGACGACGCAGUACGGCGGAUUGGUAUCCCGGGACAUAUCCGCAAUUGCAAACUAUUCGCGAAUAAAACCAGCCGCUUCCCCAAAUAGACAUACACACACGGGCAUAUAUAUACAUAUGAUAAACCAAGGAUAACCCAGGUUAACUGUGUUCUUGUUGUGUUAACCAUUGAUUGCCGCCGAGGAAAGCAGGUUCCGUCAUCGGAAAAGUCGGAGAAGCACCUGCUCUUCUUGCAGCUCCCUGCUCCGGAGUCCGAACCGCCAAUAAAGUGGAGGAGCAGUGCCGACGCUUGCAAAGCAUGAAUCUGCGGGGAAAUCCUCCCAAGAAGGAGGGCAAAAUGCGCAUUCGGGCCUUUCCGGCCUCCAUGGACGAGAAGUACGUGGAGACCAUUUGGGCCAGCUUAAAGAAUGCUAUCCAGGAGAUACAGAAAAAGAACAACUCCGGACUAUCGUUUGAACAACUCUACCGGAAUGCGUACAACAUGGUGCUGCAUAAGCACGGCAAUAGACUGUAUUACGGUCUGAGGGAGGUCGUCUCAGAACACCUGGAGCACAAGGUGCGGGCGGAUGUGCUGGAGGCUCUGCACAGCAAUUUCCUACCCAAGUUAAACCAGGCCUGGACAGACCACCAGACAUCUAUGGUGAUGAUCCGCGACAUACUCAUGUACAUGGAUAGAGUUUAUGUGCAGCAGCGCGAGGUAGACAAUGUGUACAAUUUGGGAUUAAUUUUGUUCAGGGAUCAGGUGGUUCGCUAUUCUGAGAUUCAAAAGGCCCUGCGAGAGAAGUUGCUGGGCAUGGUGAUGGAGGAACGUCAUGGCGAAGCCAUUAACCAUCUGGCUAUCAAGAAUGCUUGCAGUAUGCUGAUCACCCUGGGGAUUAACUCGCGCACUGUCUACGAAGAGGACUUUGAAAAGCCCUUCCUUGCGCAAUCGGCGGCGUUUUACAAAUUCGAGUCGCAGAACUUUCUUGCCGAGAACAACGCUGGCGUUUACAUCAAGAAAGUGGAAGCGCGCAUCACGGAGGAAUCUUCCCGGGCAGCGCUGUAUCUCGAUAAGGAUACGGAGCCCCGCAUUGUGCGCGUGGUCGAAGAAGAGCUGAUCAAAAAGCACAUGCGACCCAUUGUUGAAAUGGAGAACUCGGGCGUGGUGUACAUGAUCAAGAACUCAAAGACCGAGGAUCUGGCCUGCACAUAUAAGCUUUUCUCGCGCCUGAAGGAGGAGGGUCUCAAGGUGAUAGCGGACACAAUGUCGGCAUAUCUGCGAGAGCAAGGACGCAUGCUGGUUAAGGAAGAAGAAAACGGCAACACGAAUCCCAUAACAUUCGUGCAGAACUUGCUGGAUCUCAAGGACCGCUUCGACCAGUUUCUGGUGCACUCGUUCGCCAACGAUCGCAUAUUCAAAAACGUCAUCUCAUCCGAUUUUGAACAUUUCUUGAACCUAAAUAACAAAUCCCCGGAGUAUCUAUCGCUAUUCAUCGAUGACAAACUGAAAAAGGGUGGCAAGGGAAUGAGCGAACAGGAAAUUGAGUCCAUCUUGGAUAAGACAAUGGUUCUCUUCCGUUUCCUAUUGGAGAAAGAUGUCUUUGAGCGCUAUUACAAGACGCAUUUAGCCAAGAGAUUGCUGCUGAACAAAUCAGUCUCUGAUGAUUUCGAGAAGAAUAUGAUAUCAAAACUAAAGACUGAAUGCGGCUGUCAAUUCACCUCGAAGCUAGAGGGCAUGUUUAAAGAUAUGUCAGUCUCCAAUACGAUCAUGGAUGAGUUUAAGAACUUUGUAAAUAAUAACAAUUUAUCCCUUGGCGGUGUGGAGCUAACGGUACGCAUACUAACCACUGGUUUUUGGCCCACACAGACAGCAACUCCGAACUGCAAUAUACCCGCCGCUCCGCGUGAAGCCUUUGACAUUUUCAAGAACUUCUAUCUAAAUAAGCACUCAGGACGUCAAUUGACGUUACAGCCACAAAUGGGAACCGCCUAUAUCAACGCUGUGUUUUAUGGCCGCAAGGCAGUUGAAAGUGAAAAGGAUAAAGAUGCACCCAGCUCCAGUUCAAGCGGCUGUGGGGUGCCCACCACCACACGCAAGCACAUAUUGCAAGUGUCCACGUACCAGAUGUGUGUGCUACUGCUGUUUAAUAACCGCGACGUGCUCACCUACGAUGACAUACACCAGGAGACCGAUAUACCGGAACGGGAGCUCGUCCGAGCACUACAAUCGUUGUCCAUGGGCAAACCCGCUCAGCGUUUGUUAGUACGCAAUUCUAAAACGAAAACUAAGGACAUUGAGCCCACGGAUGAGUUUUACGUAAACGACGCCUUCAACUCCAAGUUCCACAGGGUGAAGAUACAAACGGUAGCCGCCAAGGGAGAAUCAGAGCCAGAGCGUAAGGAAACGCGCGGAAAGGUCGACGAGGAUCGUAAGCACGAGAUCGAAGCGGCUAUUGUGCGCAUAAUGAAGGCCCGCAAGCGUCUGGCUCACAACUUGCUAGUAUCAGAUGUGACGUCGCAGCUAAAGUCGCGUUUCUUGCCCUCGCCCGUGUUUAUCAAAAAGCGCAUUGAGGGCCUAAUCGAGCGCGAGUAUCUGCAACGAUCGCCGGAAGAUCGCAAAGUGUACAACUACUUGGCCUAAGCGGCCCACAAAAAGUAGCAGGAGCGUCUUAAGCAGGAUCCGGAACACACUCAUCUUCAAAUCGCCAGGGCUUGCACACUAACUGAAAAACACAAUCUGCAGCUCGGACGGAAUGGCCUGAGCAUACGAGCGGCAUUGAUAUGGCGGAUACUGACCACGAUUAUAGAUGACCGCCAGCCAAUAACCCGAAUACAUAAAUAUAUCAAUUAGUGCGCCCCGAAUCGUAAAAUUUCGUUUCGCAACCCAUUUUGUAAGCCUGACAUUCAAAAUUCAACAGUUAAAAAUGCUAUUGGAUAAGGCACCACCAUAAUUAUUAUCCCUCUAAUAUAUUUCUUGAUAUUCUCUAAUUACUGUUUAUGGUCAUUUCUUUGCGCAUAACAAGUGUAUAGCAGUAAGCCCAAACAACCACAUACACACCUGCUCCACCACCACCCCAUUCAGAGCCACAACCACACACACCACAUCCACCCACAAGAAUCGUACGCAAAGCAAGAUAAGAGAAAUAAUGCAUAAUGCAGCCCCUAAUUGUAAGCAGCUGAGUAAAAAGGUAAAGAAGCAACAACAGAAAUAUAAGCAAGAAAAUAUUAAUAACUAUAAAUAUAGCUAAAGUAAUAAAUUUAUAAAUGAAUUAUGAAUUUUAGAGAGCGUUUGAUGUACAUUUAUACGUCGUCUGUUUCAAUCCAAAUAAAAACAUUCAUCCCACGUUUUGAGAUGCGUGUGAACAGAACGUAAGGAUUGCAAUGACUAUUCAUAUUCCUCUAUCUUCAUUUUUUGUGUACGCCCAAAGCAACGUGAAGUGAUUAUGAUAAUCUGUACGAAAAAGUUGUUUUAUCUAUUAGUUGAUAUGUGGGAAUCGAUUCCAGGCAUAUGUAGGCAACACUUCUGUAAUGGAUUUGAGUUAAGUAGGACACACAUAGAAUUGAUUUUGAAAAACAAUUUAACGCCGAACCGAAAGCACGAAAACGGAAGCAAGCAAACGCGAUCUAAACACUGUAAAUAAAUUUUGUUCUUACAUAAAAGAGAAAUCGAUAUAAAUAAAACGUAUAAUGAGCGUUAACACAGUUGUUGUCUAUCUUUUAAAAGGAUUUUAAAAUAUUUUCAAUGAAAUGCUUUUAUUCGCCUGUACAAU